AUGCAAGGACCACUUCCGCGGCUGCCGCGCCAGAGGGCGUUGGCGACGCUGCUGGGACUCGCUGGCGGCAUGCACGAUCGAUCAACAUCAGCGGCACGCGGAGCAGGCCUAAAAGGAAAAACAGCGCUGCGUGCCAUAAGCAGCCACGUGGCCCCAGCUUUCAUGUGCGGCAGCCCUGCUGGUGGUGGUUCGUCAGAUUCAGUUGUAAAAGGCGUCAUACCCAACGGCCAUGGUGUAUCCGGUGACAUUCUAGGCGCCGGGAAGAUAUCGCAACUCAAUGAAGUCGAGGCAGCGUGUGCCCGCGGGGUCGGGCCGUGGUCGAGCCUGUUCGCUUACGGCGCCGACUACGGCUACACGCGGAGUGACUACGAUGGCAGCGCGUACGGUUCGCGCGGCGUUCAGACGAUGCCCGAGCCGAGCGAAUACACGACCUUCGUGUCGCACCACUAUCGCAUCUUAACGGGCGACAUUGUGGAGUACCUGCGUCGUAAGCGCAUGGAGUACGUCGAGAGCCCGAUCAAGCUGACGCUCAAAUUUUGCCCGUUCUGCCCGCCUCACAAAUACAAGAGCGACAACCUGUACAAGCACGAAAUCUUCAAGAACUCGGGCAACUCCUACUGCCAUCGUUGCGGCUACAAGGGCAGCCUCUACGACUUCAAGGCGGCCAUGGGCGACCUUCCCGGCGGGAUGAUCGAGGAGGCGAUGAACCCGUCGUUCAGCGGCAACCCGUUCAGCCUGCCCAUGGUCUCCGAGCCCGCCGUGACGCUGACCAACAUCGCCCAGUACGAGCACAACCUCUUCCACGGCGAGCGGUACAAACCUGUGCUGGACUACCUGACGGAGACCCGCGGGAUUUCCAUCGAGACCCUGAAGCGCUACCGCGUGGGCGCAGGCGAGUUCAGUUUCAGUCUCGGCGUUGGCAAGGGCGAGAGCGAGCUCUGCGUCGUGUUCCCCUGGCUGAUGGGGAAGGCCAGCAGCGGCAACUCCGAGCUGGUUGUUAACCGCAUAAAGGUGCGCUCCAUUCAAGACAAAUCACGCAUGAAACUGGUGCCGCGCGGCGGCGGCUGGGGCAUGUUCGGCGAGCACCUGCUGGCGUCCGAGCUGGCCAAGUCGGGCGAAGGCCCGUCCUCCGUGGUGCUAACCGAGGGCGAAUUCGACGCGAUGGUUGUGAACCAAACAACCGGUCGCGUGGCAGUGUCGCUACCCAACGGCUCUAAUUCGCUGCCGGUUGCACUGUUGCCUCGGCUGGAGAAGGUCGACCAGAUCUACCUCUGGAUGGACUUCGACGCUGCCGGCCAGGGUAGCGUGGACCACUUCGCCAGCAAGCUGGGCAUCCAGCGCACGCGGGUGAUCCGCGAUGUGUUCGAGCUUCCGAGGGACAGCAACGCCAGUCGCCCGCCCAAAGACGCCAACGAGAUAUUCCUGCGCGGCCUCAGCGUGCAGAGCUACGUGGACGCUGCAGCGCCCAUGUCCCACUCCCAGAUUUUGAACUUCAACGACAUCCGCCAGAACGUCUUCGAGGAGCUCUCCAACCCCUGCGCGACGUCCGGGAUAACCUCCAUCACGCUGCCCGGGUUGUCCCAGCUGCUGAAGGGCCACCGGCGUGGCGAGCUGACCGUGUGGACUGGCGCCACUGGCUCCGGCAAGACCACCAUCCUGUCGCAGCUUUCGCUGGACUACUGCAUGCAGGGCGUGAGCACGCUUUGGGGUUCGUUCGAGAUAAACAAUGUGCGUUUGGCGAAGACGAUGUUGCGGCAGUUCAGCGGCCGCAACCUCGAGACGUCCCUGGAGGAUUUCAACUACUACGCCGACAAGUUCUCCGAGCUGCCGCUGCGGUUCAUGAAGUUCCACGGGUCAACUUCCAUCGACCAGGUCAUCGACGCCAUGGACUACGCGGUGUACGUGCAUGACGUGCGCCACAUCAUCAUCGACAACCUGCAGUUCAUGUUGAGUGGCCAGAACUCGCGCGUCGGUGAGAUUUGGGAGAUCCAGAACAAGGCCAUAGAGAAGUUCCGGCGCUUCGCGACGAACAAAAACGUGCACGUUUCGCUGGUGGUGCACCCGCGCAAGGAGGCCGACGGCACCGCCCUGGGAAUGUCGAGCGUCUUCGGGUCGGUGAAAUCCACCCAGGAGGCGGACAACGUGCUGAUUUUGCAGAACGUCGUGGGCGAGAACCGUUGCAUUGAUGUGAAGAAGAACCGGUUUGCUGGUAACCUUGGCCGCGUAACCUUCCGAUUCGACCCCUUGAGUCUAACCGCCGAGGAGCUGAAGGUCACCGAGUUCGUUUUGGAGGCGUCAAAGAACACCCAAACGGAGGUCAAACCGUCCGCGAAGGCAUUCGACAAGCUGCGCCCUCCCGAACCCAAGCGUUCCGCUGCCAAGGUGGCGGUUACCAUCGAUCGCUCUACGCAUCCGCUGGCCUACGCCAGCACGUCUCCCGCAUUCACCGGAUCGCAGCUUGUCGCUGGCAAUGUUGGACACUCAACGGCUCGUCCGAUGUCCACGUACCGUCUGAACAGCGUGAUGCACGACGAGCGCAACCAGACGGGCUUCGUUCACGAUUCUGACCUCGAGGAAAACCAGAACCCAGGCUGCUUCGCACUGGGAGAUCUUUUCGUGUCGCCCAGUGACAGCCCUACUUCCGAUGAGUCGAGUUCGUCGUCCGUCGUCGCCCAAGGUUCCGCCGCCUCCACCGCUGCAUCUGCCGCCUCAUCAGCGGACAACCCCGCUGCCAAUGGCGGCACUGCAGCGGCGCCCAAACGUGGUCGCAAGCCCAAAGUGACCGAGGCCACAGCCGAAGUUGACGAGGAGACCAUAACCAUGCGCGGCAAGUCCGUGACGCGGUCCUCCUCCAUUAAGGAGUACCGGGAAUUCAUCAAGGCCAACGGCCUGGGCGAGUUGAUCAAGACCGCCGGGAAGGGUAUUGUGAAAGCCGACAUCUACGACAAGAUCAAGCAGCACGUGCCGCCUUCCAGCAUUUCUAGCGGUGCCCAGCAUGCCGCGGCACCUUCGCCAGCGGCAUCAACCACCAGCUCGCUGGAUUUCGGCGUGUCGACAGUGGAGCCUCUGCUCACUCGUAAGGAAGUUGAUGUGGAUAUCUUCGACGACAUCGACGACUUCCGUGCGCGCAUGCUGCGUCGCACUGGUCCCGGCGCCUUGCUAUCGAAGGCUGGCGUGAAACCCGUGGGCACUGUGAAGCUGCCGGUGCACACUCUCGUGGAGGGCCACGACGAGCUGCUCCCCAAGGGCAUAAUAUACGUGCGGGAUGUCGAGUUGUUGGAGCGUUUGGCUCCGCUGUUCGAGAACACCAAGCUCUGUGCGCUGGAUAUCGAGACCACGGGCCUGGACCACCGCAACGACCACAUCCGUCUGCUGCAGAUAUCAACGCCCGACCAGCCCGCCGUGAUCAUCGACGUCUUUAAGGUGUCCUUGGAGGCUAUGCGGGAAUGCCGCUGGCUGCGUUCGCUGCUGAGCUCCUCCGCCGUGAAGGUUCUGCACAACGGGAAGUUCGACAUAAACUUCUUGUCCUUCAACGGGCUGCCCGUGAAGGGCGCCGUGUUCGACACCAUGAUCGCCGCGAAGCUGCUCAGCGCCACGCGCUUCAACUGGAGUUGCAAGUUGGGCCACGUCGCUGAGCGCUACCUGAACAUUGCGCUGGACAAGUCGCAGCAAUUUUCCGACUGGACGCUGGAGCCGCUGUUUGAGGAGCAGCUGAUAUACGCGUCUCGCGAUGCUGCAGUGCUGCUUCCGCUGUACUUCGUGCUGCAGGAGAAGCUGAAAAGCGAGCGGUUGGACUCCAUAGCGUCGAUUGAGAACAAGUGCGUGCUGGCGGUCUGCCAAAUGGAGCAGAACGGCAUCCGCGUCGACCGGGCGAGGCUGGAGUCGCUGCAGCGCGAGCUCAACAGCGAGAAUGAGGUGGCCAUGAAGCGGCUGGGGGAGGCGCUGGGCGUGUCCGGCAACGCCAACUUCAACUACAACUCGCAGCGGCAGAUACUGCAAGCGCUGCAGAACCUGAACGUGAUGGACAAGUCGCGCCGCAUGUUGAUCCAGGACACCUCCGAGCGAACGCUCGCGCGCAACACCUACCACCCAGCGAUAGAGGCGCUACGGGAGUACCGCAAGGCCAACAAGGCCGUCACGGCGUUCACCGAGAAGAUCCCGAACCACAUCGACGCCACCACCGGCAGGAUAUACCCCAACAUCAACCAGAUCGGCGCGGAAAGUGGCCGCUUCAGCUGCGACAACCCCAACCUGCAGCAAAUCCCGCGUGACCAUAGGUUCCGCGAGUGCUUCGUUGCCGACCCCGGGCACAAGUUCGUAAUCGCCGACUUCUCGCAGAUCGAGUUGCGCAUCGCGGCUGACAUCGCCGAGGACCGCAAGAUGAUAGAGGCGUACAACAGCGGGCAGGAUUUGCACGCCCUGACGGCGAGCCUGGUCAAGGGCAAGCCCAUCGCCGAGGUGACCAAGGACGAGCGCCAGCUGGCGAAGGCCGUGAACUUCGGCCUGAUCUUCGGGAUGUCGCUGGCCGGCUUCCGCAACUACGCCGAGGUGGGUUACGGCGUGCGUCUCGGCAUGAACGAGGCUCGUGAAAUCUACGAUUCGUUUUUCCGCAACUAUAGCGGCAUCGCCAAUUGGCACGAGCGCAUGAAGAACAGCAAGCCGAUGUCGGUGCGCACGCUGAGCAACCGCUUGUCCAUAUUCGACCAGUUCUCGUUCACGCGUUCGCUGAACUACCCCGUCCAGGGCACAUCGGCUGAUAUCACGAAGGAGGCCAUGGCGCUGCUGGUCGACCGCGUCGAGGCCUUUGGCGGCCGAAUGGUGCUCUGCGUACACGACGAGAUCAUACUGGAGGUGCCGGACGAGCACACCGAGGAGGCGCUGCGCGUGCUAGUAGGGACCAUGGAGGCCGCUGGAAACAAGUUCCUCCGCUACGUGCCCUGCGAGGCCGUGGGCUCCGUGGGCGGCAGCUGGGCUGAGAAGUGA